AUGGAAGGUGUAAAUGCAUACAUGUCGGAGCGCGCGCGUAUAUAUAUAAAGGCAUGCUGGGGCGCGAGCGUGGGAGGCAAGAGCUGCCACCCGGAGAAGGAUCCUGGACACAUUGUUUUUCGACCCUUAAGUGCUUGCAGAUCACGAGACAUGAUCCCGAUUGCUAUCCAAAACAGUAAGCACCAGUCGUUGCCCCCUCUGCUACUGCCCGACGUGGCGAGGACGGGGCCGGCGAGCAUGCACACAUUCUACGACAACUUCCGCGACCCGUUCCGCGGCGCCGGCGGCCCCGGAGGCGGCGGCGUGGGCGUGGGCGUGACCCUGCGUGGUGGCGGCACGAGUCUCGGAGGCGGGCUCGGCGCCGACCUCGGCGCCGGCCGUCACCCGGGCCGCCUCCUGCUGAACGAUCCCUUGCCACGGGCACCACCCGUGUUACCCGGCGCGGCCGCGGGCGGGCUGGAAUCGCUGGCACGGCUGGCCGCUGUUUCAAGCGAUAGCUACAUGGUCCGCCCUGCGCCUCUCGCGGCGCCGGUCGCGAUGGCAGGCGUGGCCCUACCGAAUGCACCCACUGUGGCGCGCGCGGUGCCUGCCGUUACCCGGGCACCGGACGUGCCUGCGGUGCCAGCAGUGCGCACGCCCCCGGCGGCGGGUCCCGUGACCGCGCGCAGUCCGUUGGCGCGUCGUGCGCGCAGCCCGUGCAGCCCGCGUGCCGCGCGCGCUGCGCCCUCCGCCAAGCGUCAGCGGAUAGGGCCCAGCUGCGACAGCUGCCGGCUCAAGAAAAUAAAGUGCGACGCCUCCGUGGAGGUGUUGUUCCAGGACGAGGCUCUGGUCGCUUUCAACGGCAACCGUCACGAGUCCCUUCACGUGGCCAUGACUCCCGCAGAGGCGCGCGCCGCGCUGCCGUCCCACGUGUGGGACGCGCUGCCGCCGCAUAUCGUGGACGCGCUCGAAGCACAGGACGCGCGGCGCGGCGAGGUCGUGCGGCACGUCGACAAGGUCGUGUUCUUCCGCGCGUGCGCGUCGUGCACGCGCAGGACCGCGGUGGGCAGCGGCGGCAAAGAAACCGACAGCGAUUCUGGAGCCGCCUCCACGCCCGCGGCCGGGCCGGGCUCUGCGCCCGCGUCGCCCGCCGUGGACAGCGAGGGCAAAGCCGACGCGCGGUCUGAGCCCUGCUGCAGCUUCUCGAAGGGCUUCACACGCUCGGACAUAAACGUCUUCACGCGGUUGCAGAAGCAGCUGGGUGCGCGCGGCCAGCUCGCAGACUUCACAGUGGCCGACUACAGGGCCAUUGGAUACUAG